AUGGGGUUUGUGUUCUCAAAGGUAUUCUCAGGACUCUUCGGCUCUGAACAGAUCAGGCUGAUAAUUAUUGGGCUAGACAACGCUGGUAAAACUACCAUCCUUUACAAAUUGCAUAAAGAUGAGGUAGUCCAGACAGUUCCCACUGUUGGGUUCAAUGUAGAAUCUGUCACCUACAAGAAUCUGAAAUUUCAAGUAUGGGACCUUGGAGGUCAAACCUCUCUCAGGCCUUACUGGAGAUGAUAUUAUCAGGACAGCAACGCCAUUAUUUUCGUUGUUGACAGUGCAGAUAAGGACAGAAUGGACGUAGCAAAGCAAGAAUUAGAAUUAAUGCUGGAAGAGGAAGAAGUUAAAGGCCUUCCUCUCUUAAUUUUCGCGAACAAGCAAGAUCUCCCUGAGGCCCAAUCUGAGUCAGAAAUCGUUAGUGCUCUCGACCUCCACAGCAUCAAAAAUAGACAAUGGGCAUUAUUCAAAGUUUCUGCUAUAAAGGGAGAAGGACUUAAUGAAGGAUUUGAGUGGCUUGUUGAUGUAUUGAAGUAUUAA